CAGCUACUCAGUCUUCGUCCGGCGCUUCCUCUGCUCUCAUCGACUUUGUUUCUAUCUUGAACGGGUUCUUGACAGACCAGCGUUAAUUUCCUGCCUCCACCUUUCUACCGUGCCCACGUUCGCGCUGGCUCGACUAUUUUUAUCGUUUCAAACGUCAUUGACUCAAUUUUCGAAUCUCUGUAUGGUGUAGAUAUUCGUCUGCACUCUGUGGAUGGUCCUGGUAAUCAUACUCGAUAGUUUGUUGGCGCCUUCGAUCGCGCACGGAUCCCUCUUGUUGUCUCACAACGUGCUAGAAGUGUAUAUCCAACUCGAGCAGGGAACUUGAUUUCAGUUGGUCUAGUCGGUCAGUUCAACCCACUUAACUUGGCGGUUUCCACACAGUCCCUAUCACUGCACUCCACUACGGGCGAUCGUGACGGGUCCGACAGCUCCAAGUCCCAGCCUGCUUUAUCGGCCGCUAAGGAUUAGUUUUCGUCAUAAAAAUGGUCUCCCCCCAGCCCACGUCCCCGACGCCCUCCAAGCGCAGUCGUGGUUUCAGCUCCAGCGGCAGGUCCGACAGAUCAGAGAAAACCCAUCGUUCCAGCGGCUCGGGCCAUAAAAUAUCCCUCACUGAGACUUCUGAAGAAAAACACAGACGGAGUUUACAAACUAAAGCUGACCCAAUGCUUGCUAUAAACGAGGCGCAACCGAAUUUGGUUGCUCUUGAAAAGUCAAACCUGGGUAGCCUCAGGGCUAUGCAGCACAAAGACCAGUAUGGCAACAUUAUAACCGACCCCGACCUCUCUAAUCCUACGCGACCCCGAUUCGAACGCCCUUUAGACACAAUUCGGUCAUUCGAGGCGGCCAUUUACGGGCAAUAUACUAGUCGCCCUGCAUCUUACGCGCAAACAGGUGAAGAUGGCGGCGACUACAGUAGACGUAGUAGCUACUACAACCCAUACUCGAACGGGCAAACUCGGCAACACAACGAUCGCGGAUACUAUAACGGCCGCCCAAGCCAUUCGCGACCGAACAGUUAUAUGGACAACGGAAACGGUUAUUAUAAUAGCGGCGGACCCCCGGAAAGCUACUAUCCAUAUAACCAAAACGGUGGGCGGCGACCGCGUCAAUAUCCCCGAGGUCAUUCCGAGCAACCCUCAUACUCCAGCCAACAAAGCGGAUAUAAUCAGAAUUCAUACGCGCAAAGCGGGUACUUCAAGUCGUCGGACAACGUUACCGUUGCGACGCCUUCCGGCUCUGGCAGCACUCCCGAUCAGUGGGCCAAUUCGACCGAUCCAAGCUCGAUAAACAGUUCAUUUGACCAGUUUCAGCAGCAGCAGCAGCAGCAGCAGCAGGAGCGAACAAUCGCGGACAACUAUGGCUUCCAGGGAUUUGGCGCCGGGCCGAAUAUCAACGACGAAACAUUUGCUCCCAACGUGGCUGGAAAGGCUCCAUACGGACAGGAUUUUGCGGCACAACCUGCCCAUGAUCCAAAUUUUGGUGGCCCUGUCGGUGGCCCGCAAAACCCUCAGCUUGUCGCUGGUCGACGCCAUCUCCAGCGCAAGUCGCAACAGCAGAGCGUCUCCUCCGACGCAGGCGAUAACGGUACAAAACGUAAGAGCUGGUUCAAGCGGACGUUUACCAAAAGCUAGCCUGUUUUCACUCUAAUGCUCUCUCUUCCCACUCGCACUACUCCUUCCAGCGUUCUCGACUUGAAUUUCUUGGGCGUUAAUGCACGGCGUUUAUUUGUUCUCUAACUGAAAACUGCGGGGUUACAUCACUUUGUUUCAGAUCUGGCUCGCAGGAUUAUCUACUAGGUGGUGUAUUGACGACUAUGAGAUUACGAUAUA